AAAAUUUCUGGAGCUUCAAAUCUAAUCUACAACCACCAAAAGUCCCAUCACCAACCCAUAAACGCCCACCAUGAUCUGCCCGCGAUGUCUCCAACGAGCCUCAACGGCGCUCAGCUCACGCAGGAUACCACAAAUAUCAGCCUCUAUACCAUUAAGACCUCGUAACGGAAGCGCCACCCUACGGCCAUUCUCAAGCACCAUCACACGACGAACUUCCUCACCCGCACCCACACCACCAUCCACACCCGCAAGCGAAUCCCCCGUAUUCAAAACCCCCCUCUCUGACGUCCCCUCCUCGGACAAACCCAAACUCUCAGCAUGCGCCCAGGGCACCGUCUUAACCGGUCUAAACUACUUCAAGAACCGCAACGACCCCGUCGCACUCGCCGACGACGCCUACCCAGAGUGGCUAUGGAAAUGCACAGACGUCCUCAAGAAAACAGACGAAGAAGCUGACAACGAAGCCGGUGAUGAAUUCUCAAAAUCGCGAAAACAGCGUCGUCUAGCCGCAAAACGGCAACGAGCCACCGAAGCCCGUCUCCUAGCCGAAGGCAACCUCGAAGCCCUCGCGCCCAAGAUCCCUCUACAACAGCAAAGUAUCAACUUACCCAGCAACGAGGAGGGUACAGUGGAGGGCGCCAUUGCAGCUGCGAAGGCGAGAGAAGAAUUGCGCGCGGCUAUGCGCAGGGAGCGGAAGGCUAAGAUUAAGGAGACUAAUUACUUGAAGAGCAUGUAAAAUAUCCAGGUAUGGUGUACUUGGCUGUUAAAAUACUACUACGCCUAUCUCAAAAGGCCCGGUGUGAGUUUAGCUGAGGUCAGUGGGAUUAUGCUUGGGGGAGCAGGGCGUAGUAACGCUGGAUAUCAUAUAGCUCUACUACUUGAGAUGUACCAUAUGCAACUAGACCUGUAUACAAGCCAAAUAUGUUAAAAAGUGGUAGCCUCUUACUAUACUGUCCUACAGUAUCACAUUAAAAGCCGUAAAUAUCAUCAU